GGCUGAUCGUGAGUUACAGCAAGUUGUGCCACAAUUAGACAGUGAUUGUAUGAUGAGAGCUAUGACAAAUCGUGGUAUAGAAUGGAAGUUAAAUCCACCUUAUGCUAGCCACCGUGGCGGAGUAUGGGAGAGGUUGAUCAGAAGCGUACGUCGAGUGUUAAGCGCAGUUUCGAAGGAGCAAGUCCUCACAGAUGAAUCACUCAUGACCUAUUUGACAGAAGUAGAAAGGAUACUAAAUAGUAGGCCGCUAGUACCUGUUUAUGAUGACUCAAGUCAGUUGGAUGUGCUGACACCAAAUCAUAUUCUCUUAUCAAGAAAUCCUGAACAGGUUCCUGAAAUCGACGUUAGUUUAUGUGGACGUUAUUCACGACGAUGGAAACAAGGGCAACUCCUUGCCGAUACGUUUUGGAGACGGUGGAAGCGGGAGUACUUGACGACCUUACAAUCGCGUGCAAAGUGGGUUCAACGACAUCGAAACUUACAAGUGGGAGACCUAGUACUAGUGACUGCGGAGCCUUCACCUCGCAAUCGUUGGUCAAUGGGAAUAAUUACAGGUGUUACGGCAAGCUGUGAUGGGUAUAUCAGAAAAGUGGAUAUCAAGACACCGAGGGGUAUAGUCAACCGAGAUGUGCGUAAGGUUUGCCUAUUAGAAGGUAUUGAGGAGAGAUAAGCACUUUGUAGGAUAUAUAGCUGGAUAGGGGAUGCAGAUGUGGCGAGAGUAAAUUGUACCAUUUCUGUGUCUUACUAGCAGGUAGAGUAGGGAAAACCAGGCUGGUUUUGAGGGGGCGGUGUUAAUUCCUUUCCUACCUGUUCAUUCUCAAUCUUUCCUUUG